AUCAAUGAAUUCUGCGAAAGAUUCUCCUAUUAUGGAAUGCGAGCUGUGCUUGUUCUCUACUUCAAGUUUUUUCUCAGCUGGGACGAUAAUCUCGCUACAGCCAUUUACCACACAUUUGUUGCCCUCUGCUAUCUAACACCUAUCCUUGGAGCACUUGUAGCUGACUCCUGGCUGGGAAAGUUCAAGACCAUUGUUUACUUGUCCAUUGUGUACACAGUUGGGCAAGCAGUCUUGUCAAUAGGUUCCAUAAAUGAUUUGAUGGAUGGAAAUCGGGAUGGCAGUCCAGAUGACAUUAGGAUUCCCAUUGCUUUAUCUAUGGUUGGCUUGAUCCUUAUUGCUUUUGGAACUGGUGGAAUCAAGCCCUGUGUAGCAGCAUUUGGUGGAGAUCAGUUUGAUGAUCACCAGGUAUGA